AUGUUUGUAUUGCCUUCGAAAAGGUGUUUGCAACAACAGUUAAGCAAAAUUCUAUUGGAGCCUGGAAUAAAUACUCAUAUAUUCCAGAAGUUAAAGAAGACGGUUAAAAGACUACCUAAAGAAAAAAGACUCUGCACCCUCAUCUUUGUUGAAGUAGCUUUAGAACCUGGAUUUUAUUUUAAUAAAGGUAAAAUUAUUGGGUUUGAAGGUUAUGGCCAUAAAAAUAACAGCCAAAUUGCUGACCAUGCAUUAGUUUUUAUGUUAAAAGGCAUAAAAGGAAAAUUCAAACAACCAAUAUGUUAUACAUUUUGCAAAAGCUGCACUAAAAAAGAUGAUCUCAAAAAUCUGAUUAAAUCGCUCAUCAAAGAAGUACACAAGACUGGUCUGCAGGUUAUUGCAACAAUAUGUGAUCAGUCACAAUCAAAUAUAAGUGUUAUUAAAAGUUUAAGAGAAGAUACCACAAGAGAAUAUUUGAAGAAAGAAUUAGAACAUAAGUCUUGUUCUUUUGAGAUGGACAACCUCAAGAUAUACCCACUUUUUGAUACUCCACAUCUUUUAAAAGGAGUGCGUAACAAUUUACUAAAAAAAGAUGCAAAAUUUAAAGAAGAUAGCAUUGAGAAGCAUGCAAAAUGGGACCAUAUUAAGAUAUUGUUUAGUGAAGAUGUUGGAGAACAUGAAAUAAGGCUUGUCAAUAAAUUGACAGAAUUCCACAUUUUUGAAAGUAAGAUUCCUAAAAUGAAGGUGAAAUAUGCAGCUCAAGUUUUUAGCCAAAGAGUAUCAUCUGCAUUAAGAUUUUUGGCAAGGCACAAAAUAUUACCUCCAGAAUGUCAAGACACGGCGAGCUUUCUACUAAUAUUCGACAAAUUAUUUGAUUCCUUCAAUGGUGUAACGGUGCAUUUCGCACCAUUACAGUAA